UCUUUUAUGACAAUGGAAUCAUGGACCUCGGCAAAGGCCCUGUUAUGGCCAUUGACGGGAUGCAAGGAGAUAAAGAAUUUAAGGAAAAUAUUAAUCUCUAUUAUGACGAUUAUUACCUGAAGCCUAAGAAGAAGAAAUCUACUAAAGCUAAGAGGUCACAUUCUAAGAGACCCGGGGCUAGAGGAUGCUAUGACCCUCAGAAUUUAUUAGGAGUAAAUAUGGGCAAAGGGAGUAUUCCUUCUUUCGGAAUGGGAGUCACUCCUUCGUAUAAAUCCUCCAAAGGAUAUACUAAAAAGAAGAGCGUGAAAAAGCCAGCCAAAGUCCCAGUAAUCCCAUCGUAUCACGCAGCAAGGCAGGAGAGUAAAUAUAGUGGUACAAUCCCGCAUGAGAUGUCAAAGCCUAGCUUGAGGAAGGUGUCUAGUUCAGUUACUUCACAGGGAUAUAAUCUGACUGAGAUUGAGAAGAGCCAAUAUGGUAACAGGAUAGCCUCUGGAUAUAAAAAGUUAGACCUCCUCGGUAAGGGAGGAUGAGCCAUCGUCUGGCUUGCAGAACACCUUGAGACAGGUAAAAAGGUAGCAAUUAAGCAGUUCCCGAAUAAGAUGGAUACUAGCUCUGGGAGAGUAGAGGCACUUAUACUGCAAAGGAUUUUUGAAGCAGAGAUUGACCCUAAAGAGUUCCCAGGGAUUAAAUAUAUAGCAGAAUUAUUAGAUAUUAAUGAAGACAAGAAUGAUCUCUGGCUCACUUAUGAGUUAGGAGGGAUUACGCUUACUAAGAACUUGUUCGAGGUCAAAGGUGAGUUCUUCAAGGGUGAGAGGGUCUACCAUUGUAAUUAUCAAGAUUUCUACUACGCUCUCAAGACAGAUAGAGACGUUAUGGUAGAUUUUAUGACUAGAAUGCUUCAAGUAUUUGAGCUAUUGUCAGCACUUGAUAUAGUUCAUGCUGAUUUGAAGCCAGACAAUAUCUUAGUAGACUUUGAUGGUGAGAAGAUUAGAGAUAUGAAGCUUAUUGAUUUUGGAUCAGCCUUUAUAUAUUCUGAGGCAACUUCUAUCAGCAUGAGUACACCUGAGUAUCUUUCACCCGAGAUCUUGAAGUUUAUUGAUAAGAGGCAUUCUCUAGGUAUUGAGGGAGCAAAGACUUUAUUUGGUAAAAUGACUCCAUGGAGUUAUGAUGUUUGGUCCAUUGGAGCUAUCUUUCUUGAAAUUAUCACAGGGUUUCCCCUCUGGUUAGGGCUCAAAGGGAAGAUCACAACUAGGAAAGGCAAGAAUGUUGUUAAUUUUGGAAUAUUUGGAGUUCAAGGAAGAGUGAAUUCAAAAAUUGUCAACAAACAAAACAUAGUACUAAAGGACUUACCCUCAUGCAUCAGAAAGUAUGACUCUUACGGCAAUGAGAAGGAUGAUGUCCUGAUGGAUUUCCUCUACGGACUGCUAGAUAAAUCCCCAAGAAAAAGAAUGUCCCCAACAGAAGCUCUAGCUCACCCAUUUAUCACACAAGAGGAAAUAUAA